UCCCCACCACUGCUUCCCAUUCCCCGUCCCCAUCCUGCCACCCUCACCCUCUUCCCCUUCCCCUUCCCCAUUGCCUGGUGGGCGCCAAACUGGGCGAGUGCGCACGCGCAGGUCGCACGUGGCCAUUGGAAGGAGGGGCCCGGAACGGCGGCACGGGGUUGUGGGGGGGUAGGGGUCAGUCCGCCGGGGACUGGAGGGAGACGCGGCACGCGGCCUCUGCGACCCUAUGAGCUCUGACCCCAGCUCCCACACUGUCGCCUAUCACCGGCCCACUCUCCGUGCCGCGUGCCCCUUAAAAGCUGGGGCCUGGGACAGGAACGACAGACAUUGCAGCCAAUGGCGUCACGCACGGUGCCCCGCUACCCAAUCGAAAGGCGCGGCUGAGGGAAACGCGGUGGGAACCGCCCCCGACUCCAGGCGACUCCUUGGCCGGGCGGGGGAGAGCGUCCCCGUCAGCUGAGAGCAUUCUCACUCGGUCGGUUCCUCGGGCGAGUUACGGGGACGACCUGCGGGAGCACGCGGGCAGUGGCCGGACGCUGAAGCCCAGGAGAGCGAUGGAGACGCAUGCGGAGGCUGGGAAGGAAGGCAAGCCUUCCUGUGCAUCGGUGGAUCUGCAGGGAGACAGCUCCUUACAGGUGGAGAUUUCUGACGCAGUGAGUGAGCGGGACAAGGUGAAAUUCACUGUUCAAACCAAGAGCUGCCUCCCUCACUUCGCCCAGACUGAGUUCACAGUCGUGCGGCAGCACGAGGAGUUCAUCUGGCUGCAUGAUGCCUACGUGGAGAACGAGGAGUACGCCGGCCUCAUCAUCCCCCCAGCCCCUCCGAGGCCAGACUUUGAGGCUUCGAGGGAAAAGCUACAGAAAUUGGGCGAGGGGGACAGCUCUGUCACUCGGGAAGAGUUUGCCAAGAUGAAGCAGGAGCUGGAAGCGGAGUACCUGGCCAUCUUUAAGAAGACAGUUGCGAUGCACGAAGUCUUUCUGCAGCGCCUGGCGGCCCACCCCACCCUGUGUCGAGACCACAACUUCUUUGUGUUUUUGGAAUAUGGACAGGAUCUGAGUGUCCGGGGGAAGAACAGGAAGGAGAUCCUCGGAGGGUUUCUGCGGAAUAUCGUGAAGUCCGCGGAUGAAGCCCUCAUCACGGGCAUGUCAGGGCUCAAGGAGGUGGAUGACUUCUUUGAGCAUGAGAGGACCUUCCUGUUGGAGUAUCACACCCGUAUCCGAGAUGCCUGCCUGCGGGCCGACCGCGUCAUGCGCGCCCACAAGUGCCUGGCAGACGAUUAUAUCCCUAUCUCAGCUGCGCUGAGCAGUCUGGGAACACAGGAAGUCAACCAGCUAAGGACGAGCUUCCUCAAACUGGCAGAGCUCUUUGAACGGCUGAGGAAGCUGGAGGGCCGGGUGGCUUCCGAUGAGGACCUGAAGCUGUCGGACAUGCUGAGGUAUUACAUGCGUGACUCACAGGCAGCCAAGGACCUGCUGUACCGGCGGCUGCGGGCACUGGCCGACUACGAGAAUGCCAACAAGGCACUGGACAAGGCGCGCACCAGGAACCGGGAGGUGCGGCCCGCCGAGAGCCACCAGCAGCUGUGCUGCCAACGCUUCGAGCGCCUCUCCGACUCCGCCAAGCAAGAGCUCACGGACUUCAAGUCCCGCCGGGUCUCCUCUUUUCGAAAGAAUCUCAUUGAGCUGGCAGAGCUGGAGCUCAAACACGCCAAGGCCAGCACCCUGAUUCUCCGGAACACCCUUGUUGCCCUAAAGGGGGAGCCUUAGAGCAGCCAGAGCUCAGCCAGACCCUACUCUGGGAUCUCCAGUGACCAGGGUAUCCCAACCCCUCUCUCCGGCAAGAUGUCUCCUUCCCUAGCACAGCGCCACUAGCCACGCCCUCACUCUGCCCCACAUCCUCUCAGGGAAAGCCCAAACCCCCUACCACCACCACCACAGGUGCCAGGCCCUGCAAGACACAGGGCAGCAUGGGCAUCAUAACUGGCCACAGUCAGCAGAGCCCCAGAGACCCCGACACCCCUCCCCAGGAAGCUGAGGAACAGCCUCUACCCUCACCCCUAGCCCUGAAGGAAUCAUAGCUCACUUGAUCCCAGCCUUUUCUCCUUCGCAAAUAAAAACCCUGGUUUUGUAGCAA